GAACAAAUUCUAACCGCGUUUGAGAUUGAGAAUUUUAAGCGGUUUUGGCUGUGUUGAUAGAAAAAAAUCUAAUACCUGUUUUUUGUUUUACUUAAUUUUAGGAAAAACGACACUUAAUUAUUGUGACAUAUUUUAAUUAUAACGCAAUGUUCAGUUUGGUUAACUACUAAACUUUAUAUCACAUACUAACUGCGAUUUUGUAUUGGUAAGAUGGUGAUUGAAAAAGUGCACGGUCUUCAAGCCACUAGGAUAAGUCUUAAUGAUCGGUUUACAAUAUUAGCGUCAGCAACGACCGUAGCUAAUGCUAUGAAGCCUCGUAAGCGCCCUUCUGGAUUGUUCUCUUAUAACCAUAGUGUAAAUAACAGAGUUAUUAUGGACCAGAUAGCUUACCGAUUAGGUCAGCAAGUAAAGAAGCAAGCAGUGAGACAACGUUUGGGUAUGCCAGGGCUAAGACGCUUUGGCAGUGAGAGCAGUCUUAUAGGGCUCCAGCGCUCCAGUAGCUUUACUAACCUUAAUCAAAACAGUGUUAAGAAUAGAGUAGCUUGGAGACAAUCAAAUAUGAAUCUCAAUCGGUCAGCAUCAUUUAGCAACUUGUCGCAAGGUGUGUGGCGAGGUCGCGGGUUCCGUCGCCGUGGAGGUCGGAUGGGAGUAAUGAGAGGAAGGAUGAGAGGUCGCGGCGGGCGCGCAGCGCGAGUUGGGCAAGCGGGCCGUGCGGGCCGUGCGGGGCGGUCGCGGCCAGUGGCGCCCAACAGAGGACGGGGCAGAGGUGGUGUAACUAGGCAGCAAAAAACAGUUCCAACCAAGGAAGAGCUGGACCUGCAACUUGACCAAUACAUGGCAAGCACCAAGUCUGCGCUCGACAAGGAACUGGAUACAUACAUGAAGAAUGCAAUGGACCUUGAAUAACAGAGAUGUGUGUGUGACAUGUGGACAUGCAGAUUAUUCUUACUGUGGAAUAUAGUGCUAAAACAAUUUUAUGUUAUCUUCUAUUUUGUUACAAAGUUUGUCCAACUUAGACAUUAAAGACAAAAUUUUGAUGUUGUUGAUUCAAUUUAUUGCUUUGUUAAGUCAAUUAAAUUGUUAAGUCAAGUAUGUGAAACCAGGUAAAGAUAUGUGAUCAAAUGUUUCUUGUACUCUUUUUUUCUUUUUCUUUUUUUGUAUAUGCUAAAUAGACGAGCUAACAUAUUUAGAAAAUUAAAAUGAACAAUAGCAGAAUAACAA